AUGGCCCCUCCCACCAUCGCCAGGAUCGAGGCGAACCGGAGAGCCCGGGAGAAGGUUAAUGCUUCGGGAUGGGAGGCCCCCAUCUCGCCCAACAAGGUCAAAAAGCCUGUCCAGGAGCGCAAACAGCCAAAGAUGGAGCUGUUCCCCAAGUUCCCGGCCGAGAUCCAGCAAAUGAUCUGGGGCGAGGUCGUGCGAAAGCCAUCUUGCCACACUUUCAGGUUCAUUCAGAAGAAGGUGGAUGGCAAGACUAGGAUGGACAUCGUAGCCGACAUCAGCUCCCGCGACAAUUCACCAUGGCGCUACUGGAAGUCGCUGCUAUACUGCCGCAAGUACAAGCAACCCAUGGAUGACUCCGAUGAGGCAGCGAAGAAGAAGAAAUCCUCGAAGGCGGGAGGUGACAAGCCAAAGGCUGUGAAGCCAAAGGCUGAGAAGCCAAAGCUCGAGGGGCUUGACCUCGAGAAAUUCAAGGUGGAGAAAAAGAACUUUGAUCCCCGGUCCUUGAAGAAAAACGUCCAAAAGUCUCACGAGGCGUUUUCCAAACUUGCCAACCUCAGCUUCCAAGUGGGCUUUCGAAGGUCCAUGCGUCAGCCAAAGAACAUCAUCACCCCACCACCGACUGGCAUUCGAGAGCGUGCGAGAGGGGCUGCCGCAAGUGACCUGACCAUCAUCGAGUUCGACCGUGCCGUGAUUGACGCCGCAACUGACCUGGUCAUCCUCGAGUUCAACCGUGGCGAGAAUGCCCCUCCGAACUCGUGGUUUGAGCACACCGGCAUGGGACGCUUGGACAUUGACGCCAUCCGCCGCAAUACGAUGGACUUGAAGCGCGUGGCAGUGCACUACAAGAAGACACACGCGAAGGCCGACAAGCGCGGGCCCUUCCAGUGCUGGUGCCACAAUCCAGGAAGGCUCGGUUGCUACCGAUUCAAGGCCUGCCCCAUGGAGCAGGCUUGCUUCUUGGACUGCUUUGCCAACCUGGAGGAGUUCUACUACGUGAUUGAGAUUCCGGGCAGGAAGGCGGCAGAUUGGCUCCACACCUACAGAAGGAACGCCCGCAUGUUUGACUACAACAUCAAGACUUGGCCAUUCGGGGACAAGGAGGGCCCCAGGAUGCCGCUAGUGCACUUCUACGACCGGAAGUUUGAGUACGUCCAGCUCCCCGCGGUUCACCGCCUCAAGGAGAUUGGCCAGUGGAUCAACGAGCUGCCCUUUGAGGCCCACAGGGAGGCGCGCGACUGUCUCCAAACGGUCAUCUCCAUCUACAAGGGCAAGAAGGACAAUGAGCUUUACAACACCCCGUUGGUGAAGCGCGUGAAUGUCAAGUUUGGCAUCCUGGUUGCUUUCAAGCUCGACGAGGAGACCAGGGAGUGAUGGCCUUGUGAUGGUUGGGUGCACCGCCGCCUGGCCUUUGUCUGUGUUUGAGUGGGUGCUCACGUUGGUGGACUGCGGCGUUUGGCUGCGCUUGGAUGGAUGCCAUCCUGGCUGGUUGGCAUUGGUACUACGGUACUACCUUUCGCGGCUCACUAAUCUCUAGAUGGGCCGCUAUUUUGACGAUUCUCUGGACGACCUGCGAGCUUAAGAAAAGGAACGACGAUGAGGGGUUGGAGAUGAGAGCUUGCACCGCGCAAGAUUGAAUACUGGGGAGUUUGUGAUGGAGAGAUGAAGGGUUUGCUCUCUUGCACCCUCCCCAGGACUGAUUUGGCAUUGGUAUUGCCUCUUGCGGGUCACUAAUCUCCAGAUGGUCCACGAUUUUGAGGCUUCUCUUACCGACGACCGAACAUGUGAAAAGGAAUGACGAGGAUGGGUUUGGAUAUUGGAGCUUCCAUCACGCAAGAUUGAAUACGGGGAAGCUUGCGAUGGAGAGAUGAAUGGCUUGCUCUCUGAACC